AUGGAAGAAAGGCCAGAUGCUCAGAAGCAGAUUCUGGCAGAAAUCGCCAAGAAACUUCCCAUCUGCACGUGCGAUCAGUCAGGAGUGUUUCAGUACUUCCUCAAGUUCUGGGUGGUGCGUUUGACUUCUGAUGGAGCUCAUACUCUGUUUGGCUAUCACUGCUGGUUGGUGGCUAAAAACAGAUCCAUGCUAGAGGCGUUUUCUGCACCAAUGUUUCAGAACGGGCCUGACGGGAACGGCUUUAACGUUGGGCUCAACAGAAACCUCCAGCAGGUGUUUGGAGAGGAUAAAAAGCUCUGGUUUAUUCCAGUGUUCACAAGUCAGGGUGAUGGGCAUUAUUUCCCGCUGAGGACCCUGCGUGAAUCUGAGAAUCCUUUAUUGGCCAACGAGGGGGAACGGAUGGAGAACGGUGGGUCAGAUGAAGAAAGCACAGAUGAAAAUGGACCUUUAGUCAUUAUUAGGACGGAAUCAUAA